AUGGGCUUCCUGGCUAUAUCGGACGAUUGCGAUUGCUUGGCUGCGCUUGCUCAGCGUAUGAUUGACGGAGCGCGGCUGCGGCGGACCUGGAUUACCACGACGGGUGAUAUUGGGUUCAGAUGGAUCGAGGGUUUGCAGCUAUGCAGUGAGAACACGGUGAGCGCGGCGGCUGAUGAUUGGGAUUUGGGAAUCGGGACCUUUGUGAUGACGCAAGAAAGUCCGAAGUUCGAGUCGUCUUUGAACGGAGCGAGAAUGCGUGCUAUGCAACAUCGAAAUCGAACGCGAGGCGAGGCGAGCAGCAGAGCCGCUUCCUUUGUACUCGUGUCUACGGAUACUCGCGCCAAGGCAACAUGA